AUGGCGCCUCCUCGAUGGACCACACCAGAAGAGCUGGAGUGGCUUCAAAAUGAGCUACCUGAGUUUCUUAAAAUGCAGAAAGACCAAAGAUUAACUCGUUUCUACGAGCUCCUGUAUCCGAGGUGGUUUAGUCAAUUUCCAGAAUGCCUCAGAUAUUGGGGACCAACUGGGAAACCUCCGCGCGAAAAUGUUCGUCAGGAUGACGACAGCGGUGACGAGAUCAGCCCGCUGGCACUUACACCAGAACAAGAAGCUGAGCUUGAAGAGGCAAAUGAAAUCCGACGGAAAAAAUUGAGAGAAUGGUUCCGGAAUAAUGGAAAAAGUAAAACAACACCAGGCACCACAUCAACAGGCAAAGCUCUUGCUCGGCUUCUAGGCCAGCGUGCUCGUGGUGUUCAUGACCUGAAGGAAAUUGAGGUCUACUCAAAAUCGCACUACAAAACCAAGAUUCAACCACUGGUAGAGGACAACGUCAACGAAAAUCACCUCGAUCCCAAGAAAAGAAUCGCUGUCGUCCAGAAGUACACAAACCGUUGUUUUGCCGCUGAGCCAGAAUAUGUGAAGGCGGAGAUUCGUGAGGAGACCACACGGAUCAACACUGCCAGGAGAUUAGCAAGUGUUGUGUCUCAAACACGUACCAAAGAGGAAAUUUACCAUGCCAUUCAAGAACUGCCCCUUGUCUUGGGACAGAUUUGUGAAGACCUGGCGGUGCUGACUGGCGGCUGGCAUUAUACCCUUGUCAUGGGGGGUCCUGACCCCAUGUGCGAAGGGGAUAUCAUGACUCUAAGUUUUCACCACGGCAAAGGUCGAGACGGCCUCAGCUUCAAGGCUUCCAACCCGGACUUUCAUGAACAAUAUCUAGCGCCAUUUGAAAAGCACUUAAGAAGUGUUUUUGGUCAUCAAGUUUCCGAGUCAUCCGAGUCUUCAUCGAGUGCCAAUCCGUCUCCUCCAGCGACUUCUGACCUCGCACUGCCAAACGCCCAGAACGACUCAGGCCCCAAAGUUCCUGGAACGCACGUCUUCCCUCACGACUCUGUCAUGGACCCCAAUGUUCCAGUCUCUGACGCUGACAUUGAUGCAUUCAUCUCUUCCCUUCGUCCACUGACGGCUGAUGGCCUAAAUGGUCAAUGGUGGCCUAAUCAAGGCCAGGACAUGCAAAUGGCUGCUCCGCCACUCAUAAACCCUCCUUUGACUAUUACUGAAUCACUUAUAGACUCACCCAUGCGGGCUGCUCCGCCAUUCACAAGCCCUCCUCCUUUGACUAUCGCUGAAUCAUUUAUAGACUCACCCAUGCGGGCUGCUCCGCCAUUCACUCCGCCAUUCACAAGCCCUCCUCCGGCUAUUUCUGAAUCACUUAUCGAGCCACCUGUGCAGGGCCUGGACAGCUCGAUCGGUGUAUUCGCCCCACCGCGUAUUUUGGACAGCUCAAUCGGUGUAGUCACCUUGAAUCCAGUCCCGUCGUCACCCUCCAGGUCUGCAACCACUCCAGCUGCCACCGACUCGUAUUCUUUUCCACCUGUUUCUAGCGCACCUGCGCUUCUUACAGACACCACUUCCAAGUCGAUUCCCACUGCACCGGACACUCUGCUUCCUGCAGCAAGUGUUCCACCAGUUUCUAGUGCUCCUCCCACUGCACCGGACACUCUGCUUCCUGCAGCAUGUGUUCCACCAGUUUCUAGUGCUCCUGGAAGACGCUCAGCGCGCAUGACACGACCAUCAACAAGAGUGCAAGAUGCCAACAAGAUUGGCGAUGACGCCAAAGCAGUCACUUCCAAACGCAAGCGCAAAGGCACAGCAGAAGCAACCACUGGGAAAAAGUACGUCUUCCACCAAUUUUCAGUACUGUUUCAUCCCGCUAAACAUUGA